GGUGGAAUAAUAUAACAAAAGACACAUACGAAGAAAAUAAGAAAAAAAUUUCCCUUUUGGAAAUCAAAAGAAAAGUAAUGAAAAAGUGUGCAUGACAAUUUCUUACCAAAAAAUUGUAAAAUAAAAAGAAAAUAGUAAAAUAAUAAGAAAAAGUGAUACAUAAAAAACUAUAAUUGGACAAAUAUUUUAUUUUUAUUUUUUUCUUUAGUUGAAUUUGUAUUAAAAGUUUCAAAAAUAUUUCCCCUAAUAAAAAUGAGCAGCUCUGAGGAAGUAUCUUGGGUAACUUGGUUUUGCGGUCUACGCGGCAAUGAAUUCUUUUGUGAGGUUGAUGAAGAUUACAUACAGGAUAAAUUCAAUUUAACUGGCUUAAAUGAACAAGUACCAAAUUAUAGACAAGCUCUUGAUAUGAUCCUAGACUUAGAGCCUGAGGAUGAACUUGAAGAUAAUCCCUUACAAUCUGAUAUGACCGAACAAGCUGCUGAAAUGUUAUAUGGUUUGAUACAUGCACGUUAUAUUUUAACAAAUCGUGGCAUUGCGCAAAUGAUUGAAAAAUAUCAAACUGGUGAUUUUGGACAUUGCCCACGCGUUUAUUGUGAAAGUCAACCGAUGUUGCCAUUGGGUUUAUCUGAUAUUCCUGGUGAGGCAAUGGUUAAAGUAUAUUGUCCCAAAUGUAUUGAUGUUUAUACACCAAAAUCAUCACGACACCAUCAUACGGAUGGUGCUUAUUUCGGUACUGGUUUUCCACAUAUGUUAUUUAUGGUGCAUCCUGAAUAUCGUCCUAAAAGGCCCACUAAUCAAUUUGUUCCAAGACUUUAUGGCUUCAAAAUUCAUAGCUUAGCUUAUCAAAUACAGCUGCAGGCAGCAGCCAACUUUAAAAUGCCACUACGAGCGCAUAAUAAUAGUGGUGGUGGUGGUCAAGAUAAAGACGAUGAGGCUGAAAAUACCAUUGAUACUAUUCCAAAUCGCGUUUAGAAUAUUCUUCUGAUUUCUAGCUGAUUAUUUUCAAUUCGUUUUGUGUUUGAUUUUCAUACGUUAAAUGCAUCCUAAGAAUAUUACAAAUAAAAAAUUAAUAAUAUGUAAUAAUAAACCAAACACAUUUCAUCUGAAAAACAUUGCCGUUUUAACGUAAAUGUAAAUUUUUAAUGGGUUUUAUUAUUUUAUAAAUAUUCAUCAUGGAUUUUAAUGGCAAACACACUCGAACUUGGAUGCCUGCCGCCUACAACAUCUUCAUAAGUAUUUAUCAUCUGCUAUAAUACUACAUUUAGUCGCAGGAAUAAAAAUAAAAAAACUUGAAUUAUUAUAAUUAAUUACAUAAUUAAAUCAAUUAUUACUUUGAUAGUAGUCAAAAUCGUGAUACUAUUUAUUAUACAUACAUAUGCAAACAAAAUCCGUACCUCCUAUAUAACUAUAAUUCUUCUUUUUCGUUACCCUACACCAUACAGUAGGGAGGUUAUUAAGCAUAUAUUUAGAAGUUAAGUAAAAAAUUCCUAUAUAAAACUGCACGAAAUUUAUUUAUUAUAAAUUGAUAAACAAAUCACAGAUUUUUUAAAAAAUUAUUACAUAUAUGAAUAUGUUUCUCGUGAUCACAUUAAGUAAUGAUCGGGCUAUAAUAAUCUUUAAAAUAUUUCAAAUUUCACUUAAAUAUGUGAAUAUUAAAACGAAAUCCGCUUUAUAAUAACUAAAAAUAAUUUUUCAAAAUUUUGUCCUAACGAACAUAAAUCGUUUAAAUACAUUAGUAUUAAAAUACAUUUUACAAAGAUUGGUCUAUAAUUAAAAUUAACUCCUAUAUUGACCUCCUUGCGGAAAAUUAAUUUAAUGCACAUAAAUCUAUUCCCACCAUGUAAGUUAGUUUUGUAAAAAAAA